UGUAGAUAGAGAGGGCCAACUGCAUUUUCAUGCAUGCAUUUCCCCCCUAAUUCCUGCUAAACCAGUGUCAUAAUCUGAAACAUUUAUACUCAGCCCCAUUGAGUCCAAAAGGUUUCACUCCCUUCAAGUGUAACCAUAAUCGUUCCACUUGUCCUCUGCCAUUUUUUCUGAUUUUCUUUUCUCUUUUCAGAUGGUGACCUGAAGGAUGUCUAAUCAAUAUAAGGAAAUACGCCGUUCAUUCUUCCAGCCGGCCCCCUACAAGCUUUCGUCAAUGGGCAACAAUCACAAGAGGAUAACCGAAAUGGUAUAAUAUACCCACAGGCCAGUGAAAAUAUUGCCUUGAACAUUUGACAAUGUUUAUCUAUAGAGGAAAAGUUGCUGUGGGAACUUUUCUCUGCAUCUUUAUACUAUCUUUUGCAUCAUACUAUUGGAAGAAAAAGGUAAUAUAUUAUGACGCCACAGAAGCCAAGCCACUGAAACCUUAUGACAGCUUUUGUAGAAGAGCCCAGCCCACCAAGGACACCUUCACAAGACUCAAAGAUAACCACAGCUUGAUCAUAGCCCCGUAUUUUGAUAACAGGGAUAGAGCACUCAUCCGCGUUCUUAGCAUUGUUCACAACGAAAAUAUAACAAACCUGUAUUGUGUGUUCUGCUGUCUAAAAAGCGAAGUCGUUCUCGUAGGAAUGGCGCAGAUAGAGAUUCACGCAGACCGGUUUGAUUUCCCUUAUGGGACAGCGGAUGUAGUUUGUUGGGAACCAAACAAUUGUUCUCCACAGUAUAUGUCCAUUCAUCCGUCCCUUGACCUGGAUUUGGCCCAGCUGCCUGUUUUUGAGAUCAAAAACCGCAACCCGGGAAGCUCUCUCCGAGAAUUCACAGUGUGUAUGUCCCCAAUGUUUGGAGGCUAUAACAACGUCUUGCAAUUCAUACAGUCUGUAGAAAUGUAUAAAAUACUUGGUGCACAGAAAGUGGUGAUCUAUAAGAACAAUUGCAGCCGAUUGAUGGAGAAAGUCCUAAGAUAUUAUGUCUCGGAAGGGACGAUUGAAAUUGUCCAGUGGCCCAUCGAUUUGUACCUUACGCCUUCGUCUCAUUGGCAUUAUUCCAUGGAUCCCAAAGACAUUGGCUACUAUGGACAAAUCGCAGCCCUGAAUGACUGUGUCUACCAUAAUAUGCACAGGAGCAAAUAUGUGCUGUUAAUUGAUGCUGAUGAAAUUAUUCUCCCUAUCAAAGAUCCAGAUUGGAAAUCGCUAAUGAAAAGACUGGAAGACGAUAACCCAGAUGCUGGUGUGUUCCGGUUUGAAAACCAUGUCUUCCAAAAUAAUGUCUUCGCCUCUGCCAGUCCAUUCAACUUCUCCUCUUGGAGUGGUGUCCCUGGGGUGAACAUAUUGCAGGAGAUCUUCAAAGACUGUAAUAAAAAAGUUAACUCGGAGAACAAGAAGAUGAUUGUCCGCCCGAGGAAGGUAAUUCAGACCUCGGUCCAUUCUGUGCUCAAGAUGUAUGGAGAUUCGGUGGAAGUCCCCAGCGACGUUGCCAUUCUCUACCAUUCCAAGAGGUAUGAGCAGAAAGAUUUGCCUAAGGAUGCCUUGGAUCAAGACCCAACGAUUUGGAGAUACAACACAUCUUUGAUUGCAAACGUUAACCAUGUUCUCCGUAGAUGUAAAUUAUUGUAAGCAAAUUCCAAAGAAUGACUGGUGCAAAAGAUAUAGAAUACAAAACAAAAACAACUGUCUACGGACUGGAUAUCCCAUAUGGCUGUAAGCACCAACACUGCUGGGAAAUAGUUUGCAUACAUCUUGAAGGGGGAAAUACCUUUGUUUUCGUUUUGAAGUCGCUCAGGACCAUUUCCUAUGUAUGUCUGCAUCAGGGUUGCAACAGAAGACAGUGUUUUUGCUUGUAGAAUUAUGGAACUCCCUCAUGAAUGAUACACCUUGAAGGGGCAUCAGUGAAUAAAAAUGCUUUUCCCAAGUCCUUGGUUUAGGUAUUUUACUUCUCUCUCUUAAAGGUUGGCUCUGCCUCUUACUGUUUUUUUACUACAGGUAUAUGUCUUACCGUCAAAGGUUUGUU